UGGCGGUGAGGAGCAUGGCGGGGCUUCUGCUGCCAACCUCGUCCUGUUCAGACCCCAAGAACGCCUCCGGGACGCCCACGCCCGCGGUGCUGAGGGCGCGAGAGAGGGAUAAACUCCGACGGAUCCUUGAGGUGUGUGCAGCUAAGGUGGAGGAAGCGAAGCAACUGAGCGAGCGACUGAGUGCAGAUGGCGUCUGGAUUUCGCUCGACACCCUGCAGAGAGGCCUGAUGUCCCCGACCGAGUACCGCGUCUACCAGGAGCACCUGCGGGCGCUGGCCGAGAAGGAGCAGCAGAAGCGGCGUCCCGGUUCGAAGAAGAGUCCUUCACCGUACAGACGAUAAAGGAAGGUAAUACCAUACGGGCGAUGAUAACAGAAAGGAAAGGAGAAAGGCAGGAAAUGUGAAAAUAGAAGUGGAUGUAAGAGGGAGGAAAAUCGAAUGACAAGAAAUGGAGAAAUAGAAAUGAAAAUAAUAGAAAGCAAAAGCGAAAAACAGAAAACAGAAGUGAAAGUAACAGAGAGGAAUA